AAUGAUAAAGACCCGAAGGCUGUAGUCAUUUACCCACUGUAUCAAUUUAAUUUUUUGAUUGUUUCGUUGUUCUUCUAGGCUGCACUCGAAUCGGGGGGAGCAGAGUCGACGUCAACACAACCCCUCACUCAAGCCAAGAGCACAAAUGCAACCUCGUCAUGAUUUACACCAAUAGUCGAACACUUUUGGGACGUCUCUUCUACUUGGCAGUUUUUGGUCUCAUAGUCUUGGGCUCAUGUCUGGUUUACUUUCGCCCCAACUUCCCGACGGAGCCAUUAAACGCGUUGCAGCCACAAGCGACAGGAGCCACCUGGGUGGACAGCAGCAGCCACCGAGUCGAGGCAGCCAUACCCCCGAUUGUGCACUUUGUGCAGCUGAAAAAGGACCAGGGAUCCCCGCUCCACUUCACGUUCGAAGCCUUCCUGGCCCUCUAUGCCGCCCACAUCCACGUGCGCCCCACCGCCAUCUACAUCCACCACGACUUCUCGGAAGAGGAAGUCGCAAACGCCUCGGCCCACGGCUCGUCGUGGACCAAGAGGGUCCUGACCUCGCUCCCCACCGUGGUGCGGCUCAACCGCGUGACGGCGCCCACGCGCGCCAACGGCCGCGAGAUCGAGGCCGUCGAGCACAGGUCCGACUUUGUGCGGCUGGAGCAGCUGCGGCGCCUCGGCGGCGGCGUCUACCUGGACUGGGACGUCGUGACGCUGCGGCCGCUGGCGAGCCUGCGGGGGGCGGGGUUCCGCGCCGUCGUGGGCCGGCAGUUUGACGCCUUUGUCAACAACGGCAUCAUCCUCGCGGCCGCGGACUCGGCCGUCGUGCGCAUCCUGCACCGCGAGAGCCUGCGCGUCUUUGACGGCGGCUGGAUCACCCACAGCGUCGACCUGCUGACCCGCGUGGCCAACGCGCUGGCCGCUGCCCCGGGGGAGGUCCUGAUCAUGGACUUCAAGGCCUUUUCGCCGUUUUCGUGGGAGCAGGAGAGCGUGAAUCAGCUCCUGGCCCGGCACCCAGGGGAGGCCGUGCCCGCGCCGGAGGCGGGGGGUCGAAAAGAGUCGGGGGACGUCACGGCGGAUGCGCUGUGGGAGGACAAGAUGGCGGCGAGCGCGACCGGGGCAACCCCCAAGUGGGUGUACGACUUUAGCGACGCGGUGUUUCUGCACAAGAUCUUCAACUCGGUCGAUCCGCCGCCGGGCUACAAUGGGGUCAAUGUGCCGUACGUGCUGGCCAGAGAUAGCAAUUACGCGGUAGCGACUUGGGAGAUUGUCAAGAAGGGGAUAGAACAGGGACUGAUCGACGCCCGUGAUGAGACUUAUUGAAAUAGAAUAGAAAAUGUCAUUUUGUUGUGUACAUAGCAAGUGGGGACAGAAAAUCGAGACACCAAAGCGUCCAAACAAAUAGCCACCGUAAUAUUAAGAGCAAAAAUGUUGUAAACAUGUAUGGGAG